AUGAGNGUCCCCGCCAGUGACGAGAGGGAUGCCAAGCUAAGGGCUCUCAUCCAUACGAUGUAUGAACGCGUCCCAAAAGAGAAGCGACUGACAGUGGAAGUGGUGCAGCAGCUGCUCCGCGCAAAGUAUGCAGAUGCCUUCCCCACUGAGUAUCUCGCUCAGCGCACGGAGUUCCUUACAAACCUCAUCAACUCGUUCUACACUGCCAGUGCCAGUGCCGUCAACGUUGCAGCUGGCAAAAAUAACACGAACAAAAAUGGUAACGAUGGUGAUGAUGAUGAUGAUGAUGGUGAGGAGGAGGAGGAAGAUGAUGAUGAUGAAGAAGAUGAUGAUGAGGGUGAGGAGGAGGAUGGGGCCGACGAGGGAACUAGCGAUGAGGAUGAGGAGGAUGAGGAAGAGGAUGACUCCAGCAGCAACAGCGCAGAGGGGCCUGACGGUGAGCCAGCAGAGAAGCGGCAGCGCAUAGAGGGUGACGACGAGGUUGCGCAUCGCUGCAGACAAAUGGUGGACUGCCUGCGCCGACUGAGUUACCGCGUGCGGCAGCAGGAAGAGGCAGAGUCGCCCGUCACGUACCUGCAGCAGUGCUUGGUGCCACUCUUCCACGAGAAGGGCCUCGACCCCGAGCGGUACGAAAAGGCCGACGUGAGACGCUACCUCCUCCAGAAGGAGCUGCAGCAGCUGCAGUCGGACGGCGCAGACGUGAGUCUUGAUCGUGCAGCGCGUGCCGGCCGCGGCGUCAACCACCUUUCGGCGACUAAAGACAGCACCAUCAACGUUAAAACGUCCAAGUUUCUUGAUGACGAGUAA